AUGGUUCCAGCCGCGCUUCCUUUGGAUGAGCGCAACAAACAAGCAAACACGCACCUGAUAUGCGUACAUAAUCGAUUGUCGAGUGGUGAAAUUGUGCGCUCAAUCGUGGAUGACCUGAAGGAGUUAGAGGAAGGUGUAGAGAUGUACGAUGCAGGUACAGGUAGCAAAGUCUUAGUCGUUGCACCACUCAACCUGAUCACGGCAGAAAACCCUGCUUAUGGAGAGCUAUCUUGCCCGAAAAGGUUCCAGUCAGCCUCGUAUCCUUGCCGUAAAUGUUUCUUCAGAAAACGUAAAAACGACGAGCGGACAACUGCUAACGACCAUAUUAGCGUUAAGAAACGCUCCAAAGAAGAGCUGCUGAGCAUCCUCUAUCAUAGAGAUAAAACUAAAAUGAAGUUAAACAUAGGAGGGCGCGAAGAAACUGCUGAUCACUUUGGUGUCAGCUUUUCUGGUGGUGAAGCUUUGCUGGAACUGAAAGCUUUCGACAUAACAAAAGACUGUCCAAAUGAGCUUUUGCAUAAUAUGAUGCUUGGUAUAACAAAGUAUCUAAUGACGGACACUUGCUCAUAUUUGAAACAGGUCGAGCUACGAGAUCUUGGCACCCAAUUGAAAAACUAUGAAUCCAAAGCCUUUGGUAGGAUAGUUGGUACCAGAUGA